UGUAGUAGGUCUCUAGUCAUUGAAUUAAUAUUUGUAUUAAUACGAUGUCGUUUCAACUCGACCACCCUAUAAAUACAGAAUAAAUCCCAUUUAGUGCCAUCCAUCAGCUACAAAUCGUAAGUCACGCUCCUUGAACAAUCCGCCAUCUUUCUCCAUCAGAUCGAUAAUGGCGACAAGUUUCUGCUCCUCAAUCUCCAUGCAAGCUCGUGUCUCGGCUACAAGAACAAGGUUUUGUCUUCAGAAACAGGUUUUAGUUUCUAACAAUGGAAAGAGUAAUAAUAAUAAUCUCUCCUUCAGCUUAAGACGUUCGAUGCCUGCUCGUCUCGCGGCUAAGCAAGAGACAGUGGAGAAAGUAUCUGAGAUUGUGAAGAAGCAAUUGUCGCUUACCGAUGAUCAAAAAGUCACUGCGGGAACCAAAUUUACCGAGCUUGGAGCUGAUUCUCUUGACACGGUUGAGAUAGUGAUGGGUUUGGAGGAAGAGUUUGGGAUAACAAUGGCGGAAGAGAGAGCAAAGGAGAUUGCAACAGUCCAACAGGCUGCUGAACUCAUCGAAGAACUCGUCCAAGAGAAGACCACUUAAUUUAAGGAAACAACCAAAUGCUUUGUCUUUGUUACUGUCAUUUGCGUCAUGCUCUGUUGUAUGUCUUUGCCCUAGUUAAGAGUGUGUCAUGCUCUGUUGUAUUGUGUCAAUCUUAAAACUUUCUUUUAGAUUACCAGUUUAAGAA